AUGAGCGACAAGCAACCCCCCGCAGGCCUCGAGCCCGCCGACGCCAUCACACCCGCAGUGGAAACCCGUGUGGAGCCAACACCCACUGCCGAAAAGGCCGCCCAGUUCCUCGCCAAAGUAGGUGGGGACCACUCAUUCACGGCGGAGGAAGAGGCCAAAGUCCUCCGACGCAUCGACCUGCGUGUUCUCCCUCUCUUGCUCGGCGCCUACUUCUUCCAGCAGCUUGACAAGUCCUCCCUCUCUUACGUAUCCAUCUUUGGCCUUGUCGAAGAUGCCAAUCUCGUCGGCCAGCAGUACUCAUGGCUCGGCUCGAUCUUGUACUUUGCGCAGCUGGUCAUGCAGCCGGUUGCCGCGUUAGUUCUGGUUAAGCUGCCGACAGGAAAAGUUAUUGCUGGUGCCAUCUUCCUCUGGGGGAGUUCCUUGACGAUCAUGGCGGCGUGCACAGAUUUCCCUAGCUUGCUGGGGUUGAGAUUCUGUUUGGGAGCGUUUGAGUCGAUGAUUGCACCAUCCUGUAUUGCAGUCACGCAGAUGUGGUGGCGCCGAGGCGAACAAACUGGGCGAGCGGCCGCGUGGAACGCAAUGAAUGGUGUCACAUCAAUAGUCGGGAGUCUAUUCACGUAUGGCCUAGGGCAUAUCAAAAGCGACACGCUCUAUUCCUAUCAGACGAUCUUCAUGCUGUGUGGUCUUCUCACGGUCGUGUACUCUUUGAUCGUACUCAUAUUCAUGCCAGACUCGCCGAUGGAAGCCAAGUUCCUCUCCGAGCGCGAAAAGGUCAUUGCUGUUGAGCGUCUCCGCGCAAACCAAAUGGGUGUCGUCUCUCGAGACUGGCGCUGGGACCACGUGUGGGAGGCCGCCUUUGACGUGAAGACCUAUUUGUGGUUCUUUUUGAUUCUUACAAUCUCGAUCCCAAGCGGCGGCAUUAGCACCUUUGGCUCCCUCAUUAUCAAGUCCUUUGGGUACACGAAUUUCGAUGCUAUCCUGUUUAACCUGCCCUUCGGUGCAGUCCAGGUCGUCGUCAUCCUCGGCGGCGGGUGGCUUGCAACGAGGUUCAAGACCAGAGGACUUGUUAUUGCAGGGAUCGCAACGAUCGCUGCUAUUGGUACGAUUCUAAUGCUUACUGUUCCCAGAGAGCACAAAGGUGCGCUUUUGUUUGGAUACUACCUUGUAUCGUGUCUAGCGGGAAUCACGCCUUUGAUUUACUCCUGGCAAGGAAUAAACACGGCUGGUGAUACGAAGAAGAAAGUGAACUCUGGCGUCGUCCUCGUAGGCAUGUGCACGGGCAAUAUUAUCGGACCUCAACUGUACUCCAUUGAUCAGGCACCCGAAUACCGUCCUGGUUUGAUUGCGAAUCUGGUGCUCUUUAUCCUUGUUGGGAUUCUUGCGAUUGUGGUGGAUGUAUAUCUGUAUUGGCUCAACAAGCAACAUGCGAAGAAGCGAGAGGAGCUUGGAAAGAAUGCCCGAAUCGUUGAUGAGUCGAUGCUAAGAAAGGACGAAGUGCAGGAGAGCAAGGCACUGGAGCUGGAGGAUGUUGGCGCUGAGAGGGACCGGAACGCGGUUGAUAAGGGAUUCCUCGACACGACAGACCUCAAGAACGAGGACUUUAUCUAUGUCUAUUAG